AUGGAUGACGGAGCCUCGAUAAAGACGAACGAACGCCAUGCAACCUGGAAUAUUCUCUUUGACUCCUCUAUCGACACGGAUUGCGUCCCAGUGACCCCUCCCUUUGUAUCCGAAUUGUUCCGCGACAAUCCAUCUCCUAGCCAAAUACCAUACCAGCCGUAUAUACGCCUCGGACAUCGCCACCGCGCCGCGACCCCUCCCCGAAUCCCACAAUCGAAUUUGGUGUCACUACGCGUUGCUGCCACCCUCGGUGAAAUCUCAUUGCCCAAGAACGCGUCGAUCCAUCGGGAAUCGACUCCUCCCCCUUUCCCUUCGAGCCGGAAUCAUCUUAUCACCCAGCUCUCCCGUCGCAGUCAACCCCAGUGCGUUGACGGCGACGCUUUGGCUCGGGCUUGA